AUGGCUCAAUACCAGGCUCAGCAGGGUCGCGAUUACAAUCGUGGGGCGCCUCAGAACUUUGGGUCUGCUUCGAGCGCACAACGAGAUGCGGCAUUCUCCAAUAUCUUCGGGGGAGCGCCUCCUCCGGGUCGCAGUCAAACGAUGACCAGCGCAACCGCUCCACCAUCCGAUAGAGCCAUGUCGAUGUCGAAUGCCACAUCGCAAUACAUGCAGCGUCCUCCUCCAGUACGACCCGGACAACAGCCGCAAGGAGGCUAUCCUCCAGGGCCGGGCGCAUAUGAAGGGCCGCCGCAGAUUCCAUAUCAAAAUGGACCACAGCCGUCACCUCGACGAGCUGUACCUCAAGCUCUCCCACCUCCAGUAAGGCCGGAUCGCGUGCCGUAUGGCCAACCACAACGCCUUGAUAUUCGUGGACCUCCUUCGACUGGACAAUACAAUCGAUCAUUCACACAACGUCCUUAUGGGCAGCCCGGUCCAGCACUGAACAAUGAUGCGUACAGGACGCAAUCCCUGGCAAGCGUACCACGGCCGAUGUAUCAGCCACCUGGAGGCAAUUACACAGUUGCGUCGGCUCAGACCUUUCGACAACAGCCGUAUAUGAAUCAGCAGCCAGCGAGAACCACCGCUCAAGGUCGUGCUAUUCCCGAUCGUUCCGUAGACGAGAGGACAAUGUCCAUGACGUCUUACGGUAGGGAAGCAGACAGUACGCAGACUAUGAGUGGCAGAGUCAUUCCUGGCAGGAGGAGGGAAUCAAGUGAUACUGUAGGCAGCGAACACAUGGCCCCGAAUGGUUAUGCGCCUGAUCGGACAUCAAACGGACCUCUGAUGAAUGGAAGACACGCCAGCGCCGGCAAUCAUGUUGCCUCAGGAUCACGAACCAUGUCAAUGGCUUCCACCAUUACGCCCCAUACAGACUAUCAAUCGCCGCGCCCGUCUGCAAGUAUUACGCAGCGGUCGAAUAGUCAGAUGACAUCGAGCAGCACAAUGGUCGCACAAAAGCGCCCUUCACUGGUUUACGGUGCCCUGCUAUCGAAUGUAGCAGCAGCAUUCCGAGAACGCGUGGCGGUCAGCGACAAGGAGAAAGAUGGGUUGAUGUAUUCCGACGCAUUCAGUGGUUAUGAGGCAGUUGAACUAAUUGCCUACAUCAUUCGAACUUCCGAUCGCAAUCUUGCUCUGCUUCUCGGGCGAUCCCUGGAUGCUCAGAAAUUUUUCCAUGAAGUCACCUAUGCGCACCGCCUGCGCGAUUCACCGAAUGAGGUUUAUGAGUUCAAAAAAACCAUGAACGAGGAGCCGCUGGAGGUCAAUGGUGUCUUUACUCUGCUGACCGAAUGCUACUCUCCGACGUGUAAUCGAGACAAUUUGUGCUAUUCUAUUGCCUGCCCGCGGCGCUUGGAGCAACAACAGCGACUGAAUAUGAAAGUGUCGCCGGGCUUGAAGCGCGAGACUUCUAGGUCAAGUCUACACGAUGAGUUCGAGAACGAACAAAAGCUAUGGAUCAAUACAGUUUCAAAGGAGGUGUCUGAUAGUGUCAGCGACAAAGAGAAGAAGCGCCAGGAAGUUAUUUCAGAAAUCAUGUAUACCGAGCGUGAUUUCGUGAAGGAUUUAGAAUACCUCCGGGACUUUUGGAUCAAGCCGCUGCGGUCGCCGGAGGUCUCGCCAAUACCUGAACAUCGCCGCGAAAAGUUCAUUCGCACGGUAUUUUCGAAUUGUCAAGAAGUCCACAGCGUAAAUUCGCGCAUGGCAAGCGCCUUGACUCGCAGGCAACAACAGAACCCUGUCGUGCGCAACGUGGGCGACAUCUUCUUGGAAUACGUGCCACAGUUCAACCCUUUCAUCAAGUAUGGAGCCAACCAAUUAUUUGGCAAGUUUGAAUUCGAGCGCGAGAAAGGCUCGAAUCCUGCAUUCGCGAAGUUCACCGAAGAGACCGAACGUCUGAAGGAAUCACGAAAGCUUGAAUUGAAUGGUUACUUGACCAAGCCUACUACUCGUCUCGCUCGAUACCCAUUGCUCUUGGAGAACGUCCUGAAGUUUACGGACGAGAACAAUCCAGACAUGACAGAUAUUCCCAAAGCCGUCAAGCAGAUCAGGUCAUUCUUGAGUGCAGUAAAUGAAGAGUCAGGGAAGGCCGAAAAUCAUUUCAAUCUCAUCAACCUCAACACGCAACUAAAAUGGGGGACCAUUCCCCACAUGGAUUUGAAACUGACGGACGAAUCCAGGCAGCUGAUCUUCAAGAGUAGCUUGAAGAAGACCCUAACAAGCGAACAAGCUGAUAUAACGGCAUACCUUUUCGACCACGCCGUGCUCAUCGUUCGCGUCAAGACGGUGAACAAACGGGAAGAGAUCCGUGUCUAUCGCAAACCAAUACCGUUGGAACUCCUGCAGAUUAAAGAAAUGGACCAUGUUCUGCCGCGCAUGGCCAUCGCGAAACGGCCAUCGUCCAGCAUGGUUCCAGGCCUUGGAAGAGCAGCAGCAAAGCCAAGCGUCGCUGAGCAGGGAUAUCCGAUCACAUUCAAAUCGCUUGGCAAAGGCGGUUAUGAAUUGACACUCUUUUGUACGACACAGAUACAACGAGAAAAGUGGAUGGAGCACAUCAUGACUCAGAAGGAGAAGCUGUCGGAACGCCGUAACAUUUUUGCCAUGUACAAGCUGAACGAAGGCUUUUUCAAUGCAGUCAACCGAGUCAAUUGUUGUCGGCCGAUCGACGGCGGCAGGAAGAUGGUCAUUGGUACAGAUCUGGGGGUGUAUGUUUCAGACCGCAAACCCAAAGACGCGUCCCAUAAGCCACGACGGAUGCUUGACAUUCGACUUGUUGCACAAUUGGAAGUUCUUGAACAGCAUCAAAUUCUGGUUGUUCUCGCAGACAAAGCCGUGUAUACAUAUCCUCUCGAAGCAUUGGAAGACGAAGGUGCAGCUGCUCCAUCCAAGCGUGGCAGAAGGAUUUGUCACGCAAAUUACAUCAACGCUGGCAUGUGCAAUGGUCAGACUGUGGUCUGCUGCGUGAAAUCUUCGUCGCUAUCAUCAACGGUCAAAGUCUUCGAACCGAUGGACUCUAUGACCAAGGGCAAGAAGAAAUCGGGGCUCGCCAAGAUGCUCGCAAGCGGGCAAGAAGUACUCAAGCCAUACAAGGAAUUCUACAUACCCAUGGAAAGCAAUAGCGUCCACUUCUUACGCAGCAAACUCUGUGUGGGAGGUGCCAAGGGCUUCGAAAUUGUUUCGCUCGAAACACUGGAGACACAAUCCUUGCUCGACCAGGCCGAUACUACCCUCGACUUUGUAGCUCGCAAGGAGAACGUCAAGCCCAUCUACAUUGAGCGGAACACAUCUGAAUUCCUGCUCUGCUACAACGACUUCACAUUCUAUGUCGACAAGCACGGCUGGCGAGCACGCGGCGAAUGGAUCAUCCUCUGGGAAGGAUCGCCUAACGCCUUCGCCACGUGGGGAGAGAAGUACAUUCUGGCUUUCGAGCCCGAAUUCAUCGAGAUCCGACGGACCGACUUCGGCGGCUUAGUAUGCAUCCAGACUCACAAGAACUUGCGAUUCCUGCACCAGAGCACGCGAGAAAUUCUGUUCGUGUACGAAGAUGAACUAGGCGACGAUGUGAUCGCGUGUCUGGAUUUCUGGGGCCGGCCGAGCUCCCCGCAGCCAUUUGGCGCUCAGCCUACGACUUGA